UUUUCUUUGGAAAUUCAAGUUAAUCAAAGUAAAUGAAUCUUUUCAAUUGCUAAUUAAUUAAGUGAUUAAAUUAAAUUAAUUUGUUUGUUUAUUUUUAUACAUUAACCUAUGAUCUAUACACAUUGUAUCGAACAUGGUUCGUAACUUAUAAAUUGGACAGAAUUGAGAAACAUUCAAGUUGUAACAAUGGAUUGAAAGAAAAAGAAAAGAAACCAACCUUGUAUCUUGAUUCUUAAUUCGCAUUCGACGGGUUGGUUUGUUCUUUCAAUUUUGGUGUUUCCUGUUUCCUUGUUUUUGUUUUCUAUUUUUCACCCAAACGACAAUCACUGUUUCUCUCACCCUCUUGUUUUCCUUCGACUCUCCGAUAAUCUAAUUCUGUUCUCUGUUUGUCAGGUUUCUACAACGAGAGUGACAAUUUUCACUUGAAGAAACAGUGAAAAAAGAGAGAUAAAAAAGAGACAAUGACUGAAAAUAGUGAAGAAUUUUUAACCGAAGCACUUCUACCAGAGGAAUCAAACGAGUUGGUUCAUUCAUUUGAUUAUGAGGAGACAGGAUCAGUUAAUAAAAUGACGGGUGAAGAUUAUGAUGAUCUAGAAGAUGAUGAAGACGAGGAAGAAGAAGAAGACGAGAACGUUGUUACCCUGGAAGGUAUUGAACUUAAUGCAAGUGUCAAUUCUCUUUGUCUGCUGUUAAAGUUAAAAUAUGAGGAUAUCGAAAGUUAUGACUUUUACCUGCAAGAUAAUAAGUUAACGUUCAACAAAUCCAUCAUUGAGCAGUGUAAUCUUGUUGAAGGUGCAAGACAACAGACCAAAUUGAUCAACAUUAAAUUAAUUGUUGACUUAGAGGCUCGAAGAGUCACCAUUUUGGAUAUUCUUAAACCUCCUGAUAAUACGACCAACGCGAACGCUUCAACUGGAAGUCCAGAAGGUAAUACUGGUUCCCCGUCGACUCCACCAUCGAAUACUAAUUCGUCCACACCAACGACACCCAAUAAACAGAAGAGGCUGAUCGGAGGUAUCAACAGAUCCACUGGUGGAACUGGUAUCGCUGUUGGAUCAGCAGCUGAUGGACUGAUUGUCGGUGGUCGUGGACAAUUUUUACCAUCUCCCGGUAAUCGUUCAGGUAACAAUGGACAGAUACAAUUGUGGCAAUUUUUAUUAGAACUAUUGACCGACGCUGAUUGUCGUGAAUGUAUUAAAUGGGAAGGACGAGAUGGUGAAUUUCGCCUAAUCAAUCCUGAAAUGGUUGCUCAAUUGUGGGGCCAAAGGAAAAACAAACCAACCAUGAACUAUGAAAAACUGUCUCGUGCUUUACGUUACUAUUAUGAUGGAGAUAUGAUCGCUAAGGUACAUGGAAAACGAUUUGUGUACAAGUUUGUUUGUGAUUUAAAGAAUCUAAUCGGUUAUGAUGCUGCAGAAUUGGAUCGUCUUGUCGUUCAAACUCAAAAUCGACGAUUGUCAAAGUACAACUGAAAGAAAAUGAGAGAGAUAAUUUUCUUUUCCAAUUUCCCAUAUUCUUCGUUCCCUCUAUUUCUCAUCAUUCUCUUACCUUUUUUUGGAAAUACAGGACAAACUCUGCAAGUACACUAUUGAACUCUCAACAAACUUUUCUCUGCAAACUAAUUGUCAAAUCAUCAAGAAGAUGAAUGUAUCUCCAGGAACAAGGUUGACAAAAUCAACAGAACUACAGACAAAAAAUUGACAAAAAACGUACAAAAAACACCCAACACAAAUUAAUGUUUUAGUCUAAUUAAUAUCUUAAAUUUUUGACCAUUUUAGCCCAAUCAUUGAUUAUGAAAACUCUUUGAUCGGGGAAAUCAAUCAAUCAUUUUAUCGAGACCAUUAUCACCACUCGACUCAUUAUUAUCUUAAACAAAUAUUAACACAUUAUUAUUACUAUUAUUAUUAAGUUAAUUAAACAAUUUCCUAUUUCACAUUCAAAAAUAUGAUGAAAAAGUAAAGAAAAAAAAAGUUAAUUAAUCUUGUCACUUACAACGAUAUUGUUUGAUUACUAUUUUACAUUCAACUCGCGUUAAUUGUUAAUGUAACAAAGUAUUAAUAUAAUAGAAAACCCUAAAAUAAUAAUUGUCAGCAAAUCUGAUUACUGAUUAUUGAAAUUGACUUAAUCGUUUCAAUCAAAUCAAGAUCAAUAUGGUUGAGAAAUUAGAUUGAUUAUCAAUCGCUAACACAUCGGAUGAAAGGUAAUAACGAAAAUACAAUUAAAUCAACAAUCACACACAAUUCACAAUUUUUUGAUCAUUUUUUUUGUUCUCUUUUAAUUAUUACAAUUAUUUGUCUGUUUUAAUCCAAUUAAAUGUUUUGAUUUCAUCAACAAUCA